ACAUGCACGUUCUUUCUCUUCUGGAAGCUGGCAGAACCAAAAUAUAGGCAGUGCCAAGGUGGCGGCAAAGCUGGAAGAAAGCUUGGGAGAAAACAUUGUUGCUUUGGACUUGGGACAGCUGCCAGGCCCGCCAUGGCGCCUGUGAAGAUCAGCCACGUGGUGUCAUUUUCCUCUCAGGAUCCUAAGUAUCCUGUGGAGAACCUGCUGAACCCCGACAGGCAGAGGGGUCCUUGGCUCAGCUGCCCAGAGGAUAAAAGUGGGCAACUGAAGGUGGAACUGCAGCUGGAGAGAGCAGUGCCUAUUGGCUACAUCGAUGUUGGUAACUGUGGCUCUGCUUUCGUGCAAAUUGAUGUGGGUCGUUCUUCCUGGUCCCUGGACAGACCUUUUGUCACCCUGCUCCCUGCAACCAUGCUGAUGUCCCUGGCUGAUUCAAAGCAAGGGAAGAACCGCUCAGGGGUCCGCAUGUUUAAAGAUGAUGACUUCCUGGCCUCAGCAUCAAGGGAGUCAUGGGACCGACUCCGCCUCACCUGCUCCCAACCCUUCACUCGUCAUCAGCCCUUUGGCCUGGCCUUCUUACGGGUUCGUUCCCCUCUGGACUCCUCCGAUGACCCCAUAACAGGGCCCUCAGCCCCUGAGAGCUCUGGGCCGAGCCAGGGAUCUGAUGCGCAGGAGUCUGGUUCCAGCCCCUGGCUGGCGAAUCCUUCCAUCCGGAGGACAUUCUUCCCAGAUCCUCAGAAGAGCAACAAGAACAUUGCAAAGCUCAAGAACAUUCUGAAGCAGCUGCAGCCAGGGACUCUUGGCCGCUCAGCUCGCAUGGUGCUUUCUGCUGCCCGCAGGGCAGCCCCAACCAAUGCAGCAGAUCCAGGGGACAACCACUCCGGACCAGGCUCCAGGCAUCCAGAUCACUCAGAGCCCAGACCCAAGAAGCAAAACUCGGAGAAUGGUGCAAGCAGGACAAAGAGACGGAAAGUACAGGACCACAGAUUUCUAGCUAACUCUAGCUCUCAAACAAAGGGAAGGGGCACAGCACAACAACGUGUAUCGCAGCCCCACAGCAGUGGACAGAGACGACAACAUAAGUCGCAGCCCCACAGCAGUGGACAGAGACGGCAACCCCAAGCCCAAAGCAGUGGUGCCCAGGAGAGUGGACAAUGUCCCAUGUGUGCUGGCUCCUUCAACAUUGAGGUUCUCCCCCUGCACGCUGCCACUUGUGGAGAGAGCUCCCCACCUCAGCCAGCCUCUCCUUCCUCAUCACCUUCUUCAUCUGAAUCUGUAGUGUGGGUUUCCUCCCCUGAGAGCUCGCCGCCCAUUUCCUGGAUCCAGUGCCCUCUCUGUCAGUCCUACUUCUCAGCGGGAGAUGUGGAAGAGCACGCCGGCAUGUGCGGGGACCCCCAGCCCAACUGGACCGAGAUCGUCAACAAAAAGCUGAAGUUCCCACCCACGAUCCUGGGUGCCAUUCAGGAGGGGCGGCUGGGCCUGGUGCAUCAGCUGCUGGAGGCCGGGCUGGAGGCCACGGGCGGGCCCCUGCGAAAUGUGGAAGAGGCCGAGGAUCGCUCCUGGAGGGAAGCUCUCAACCUGGCCAUCCGCCUGGGCCACGAGGCCAUCACCGACGUGCUGUUGGCCAAUGUCAAGUUCGACUUCCGGCAGAUCCAUGAGGCGUUGCUAGUGGCAGUGGACACCAACCAGCCAGCUGUGGUGCGUCGCCUGCUGGCCCGCCUGGAACGGGAGAAGGGCCGCAAAGUCGACACCAGGUCCUUCUCCCUGGCUUUCUUCGACUCAUCGAUCGAUGGCUCCCGCUUUGCCCCUGGCGUCACGCCACUCACGCUGGCCUGCCAGAAGGACCUGUAUGAGAUCGCGCAGCUGCUCAUGGACCAGGGCCACACCAUCGCCCGGCCCCACCCCGUCUCCUGCGCCUGCCUGGAGUGCGGCAACGCCCGCCGCUACGACCUGCUGAAGUUCUCCCUGUCCCGCAUCAACACCUACCGCGGCAUUGCCAGCAGGGCCCACCUCUCGCUGGCCAGCGAGGACGCCAUGCUGGCUGCCUUCCAGCUCAGCCGCGAGCUCAGGCGCCUCGCACGCAAGGAGCCCGAGUUCAAGCCAGAGUACAUUGCGCUGGAGUCACUGAGCCAGGACUACGGCUUUGAGCUGCUGGGCAUGUGCCGGAACCAGAGUGAGGUCACGGCGGUACUCAACGACCUGGGCGAGGGCAGCGAGACGGAGGCUGAUGGCCUGGGCCAGGCCUUUGAGGAAGGCAUCCCCAACCUGGCGAGGCUGCGGCUGGCCGUCAACUACAAUCAGAAGCGGUUCGUAGCACACCCCAUCUGCCAGCAAGUCCUGUCCUCCAUCUGGUGUGGGAACCUGGCCGGCUGGCGUGGAAGCACCACCCUCUGGAAGCUCUUUGUCGCCUUCCUCAUCUUCCUCACCAUGCCCUUCCUCUGCCUUGGCUACUGGCUGGCGCCCAAGUCCCGGCUGGGCCACCUGCUGAAGAUCCCGGUACUGAAGUUCCUGCUGCACUCCGCCUCCUACCUGUGGUUCCUCAUCUUCCUGCUGGGAGAGUCCCUGGUCAUGGAGACCCAGCUCAGCACCUUCCGUGGCCGCAGCCAGAGCGUGUGGGAGAUGUCCCUACACAUGAUUUGGGUCACAGGCUUCCUGUGGUUCGAGUGUAAGGAGGUGUGGAUUGAGGGCCUGCGCAGCUACCUCCUGGAUUGGUGGAACUUCCUGGAUGUGGUCAUCCUGUCGCUGUACCUGGCGGCCUUCGCCUUGCGCCUCCUCUUGGCUGGUCUUGCCCACAUGCACUGCUGGGAUGCGCCCAAUGGGACUGCCUGCCAUUAUUUCACCACUGCUGAGAGAAGUGAGUGGCGCACCGAGGACCCCCAGUUCUUGGCUGAGGUGCUCUUUGCUGUCACCAGCAUGCUCAGCUUCACCCGCCUGGCCUACAUUCUGCCAGCCCACGAGUCGCUGGGCACGCUGCAGAUUUCUAUCGGCAAGAUGAUCGACGACAUGAUCCGGUUUAUGUUCAUCCUCAUGAUCAUCCUGACCGCCUUCCUUUGUGGCCUCAACAACAUCUACGUGCCCUACCAGGAGACGGAGCGGCUGGGCAAUUUCAACGAGACAUUCCAGUUUCUGUUCUGGACCAUGUUUGGCAUGGAGGAGCACAGCGUGGUAGACAUGCCUCAGUUUCUGGUGCCUGAAUUUGUGGGCCGCGCCCUCUACGGCAUCUUUACCAUCGUCAUGGUCAUAGUGCUGCUCAACAUGCUCAUUGCCAUGAUCACCAACUCCUUCCAGAAGAUUGAGGAUGAUGCUGAUGUGGAGUGGAAGUUUGCUCGAUCCAAGCUCUACCUGUCCUACUUCCGAGAGGGGCUGACACUGCCCGUGCCCUUCAACAUUUUGCCCUCUCCCAAAUCCGUCUUCUACCUUCUCAGGAGAAUUGUCCGGGUCAUUUGCUGUUGCUGUGCCUGCUGCAAACCCAAGGAGCCAGACUAUCCCCCAGUGCCCACCUUCGCCAAUCCCGGGGCAGGAGCAGGGCCUGGGGAAGGAGAAAAAGGAUCCUACCGGCUUCGAGUCAUCAAGGCCCUGGUCCAGCGCUACAUAGAGACGGCCCGCCGUGAGUUUGAGGAGACUCGUCGGAAAGACCUGGGCAACAGACUGACGGAGCUGACCAAGACCGUGUCUCGACUGCAAAGUGAGGUUGCUGGAGUGCGGCAGACCCUAGCAGAGGGACGGACACCCCGGCCCCCCGAUGGUGCCAGCAUCCUCUGUCGUUACAUCACCCGAGUGCGGAACAGCUUCCAGAACCUGGGGCCACCCAUCCCUGAGACCCCAGAGCUGACCGUGCCGGGAGUUAUGGAAACCCAAGCAUCUUCAGAAACAGGACCCCAGGACCCUGGAGAGUCUGGCCCCUCCUCCCCAGCUCAUGUGCUGGUCCACAGGGAGCGGGAAGCAGAGGAGGCUGAGGACCUGUCCCAGGAGUCAAAGGGGGGGGUCCUAGGCAGUGGGAGGGCCCCUUCUGUUGUUUAGUAGAACAGCCUAGAUGAACUCAGUACAGCUGUGUUGCUUUCUUUGCCUUAAUACAAUGUGUGUUCUGGAUGCCAGA